UCAUCACCAUGCUGCAUGCAAGUCGCCCAAAACGGAAUCCCACAAAACCCGACCACUGUUGCCGUUCGAGAGCCAGUCAGAUCCCCCUCUUCCCAAAGAGUCCCUCCAAUAAAGACCCUGCGGGACGGAUCUGUUCGACAUCCCAGGCUGCGACGCCUUUUCGGGCCUAUGAGUAGGUAACCUACCCAGCUAGUAUGCGGGAGCCUAUGAACCGUUUGUACUCGGCUGUCGAUGGGCUUGCUUGACGUACUGAACCUGCUCCGUACGAAUGAAUGUACUCUAUACUAUUGGACCUUGCGCCGGUUCUUGCAUGCAUGUUAUUAAGGGUAACCUACCGCAGUAGUAGCUUGGGUAGCCUUGCCGAAAUGUGUUCGUUGCUAGCACUUUCCUUGGGCAGCA